AUGGCCGGCUUCAAGAAGAAGAGAAGGGUCGAUGAGGAAGAGAACACAUCAAAGCUAGAUGACGGGGAGGAGCCAUACGUGCCAUAUGUCCCCGUAAAGCAACAACGCAUGCAACGCCUUCAAAAGUUGGCUGCUGCGCGAGGGUCUCAACACGAGGUCAAGGCUGCAAGUAAUGCUCAAGGGGAAGACAAACUCGAUGAGGAGAAAGAAGAGGAACGACAACGAGAACGGGCGCGGCGAGAGCGUACAUUACUAAAGGAGGCGCAAGAAGUGCAAAAGAAAAAGGCCGAAGAGGAUGCACACAAGACGUUGGAGAAGAAGGUAGAGGAAGAAGAAAGCGAGAUGCUGGCAGCUAUUGCUGCGAGGAGGAAGCUUGCGUCGGAUCUAGAGUUGGCAAAAGGCAUCCAGUAUACCGAGUCUCUCAAGACUUCGUGGCGACCUCCAAAGCAUAUUCGUGAGCGGACAGAGGAAGAAAACGCUCGAAUCAGAGAAAAAUACCACAUCCUCGUCGAGGGAGAAGAUGUUCCUCCCCCAAUUGAGACAUUUGCAGAAAUGAAGAUACCUCCAGCCAUCCUAAAGCACCUGAAAAGCAAUCGGAUCAACUCUCCCACACCGAUUCAAUUACAAGGAAUCCCUACUGCAUUUUCUGGAAGAGAUAUGAUUGGGAUUGCAUUCACCGGCUCGGGCAAGACACUGGCGUUUUGCAUCCCCGCAAUCAUGAUGGCCCUCGAGGCAGAAGCGAGACUACCAUUUAUCAGAGGAGAGGGACCAAUAGGUGUUAUAUUGUGUCCAUCGCGCGAGCUUGCCAAUCAGACAUUCGAAAACAUUCAAGCGUGGUGCUCUGCACUCGAGAAGGAUGGGCAUCCACGGCUCCGUACGUUGCUCUGCAUAGGCGGCAUCUCCAUGUCAGAUCAAGGACAUACAUUGAGCCAGGGGAUUCAUAUUGUUGUUGCUACACCGGGCCGUUUGAUCGACAUGCUCGAAAAGAAGAAGUUCAACUUUGAUGGCUGCAAAUACAUGUGUAUGGACGAGGCAGACCGGAUGAUCGAUUUGGGCUUUGAGGAUGACGUCCGAACAAUCAUGAGCUUCUUCAAGAGUCAGCGUCAGACACUACUCUUCUCCGCGACAAUGCCACGAAAGAUUCAAGACUUUGCGCAGCAAUCGCUCGUUCGGCCGGUCCUGGUCAACGUCGGGAGAGCAGGUGCUGCCAACUUGGAUGUACUGCAAGUCGUCGAAUAUGUCAAACAAGAGGCGAAGAUGGUAUACCUGCUCGAGUGCUUGCAGAAGACGCCACCUCCCGUUAUUGUUUUCAGCGAAAACAAGAACGAAGUCGAUGACAUUCAAGAGUACCUCUUGCUCAAGGGCGUGGAAGCAGUUGCUAUUCAUGGAUCAAAAACUCAAGAAGAACGCCAGUACGCUAUCAAAUCGUUCAAAUCUGGAAAGAAGGACGUGAUGGUCGCAUCUGGAGUCGCAUCCAAGGGUCUCGACUUUAAUGAGAUUCAACACGUCAUCAUUUUCACAAUGCCAAAGGAGAUUGAAGACUAUGUCCACCAGAUAGGGCGCACAGGGCGCAGUGGCAAGACAGGGAUCGCGACGACGUUUGUGAACAUGAACACCCCAGAACAGACACUGUUGGAUCUUAAAUAUCUUCUCAUGGAAGCAGGACAAAAGGUACCCGCCUUUUUGCAAUCUGUGGAGGAUCCUCGAGUCGCUCAAGGAGGAGUUCUGAAAAGUUGUCCUGUGUGCGGAGGGCUUGGACAUGGGAUUGCCAACUGUCCAAAGCUCGAGGACACUCACCGACGCACGAUGGCAUCGCACCGUAUCAACGAUGGAGGUGGUGGUUACUAA